AUGGACCUCAGAAUUUGUCUGCUGCUACUUGCGACCUUGCUCAGUGGAUCACUAAAUGUCGAUGGUUGGUAAAAAUAUUUGAAUCAAUACGAUCAAUAAAUGCCUGGAAUGCAAGUAGACCAGUUCGGAACGGGCUAAUCCUUCUUAUCACCAAUUAUCGUCAUAGUUAAUCGCGUUUGCCUCUGAUGUGCUCCAGUCAAAAAGGCACACGCCCUUACUUCCUAUUGACUGUCGGUUUGGGAAUGAAGAACAAGAUUCUGCAUUUCAAAAUUAUAUUCUGUUAACGAAGAAGAAGGUCAGAAUCUCAAGGAACUUUGAACUAAAAGCCUAUAAAUGGCUUCCUCUUGUAAAGGUCUUUAACGAGGGCAAGAAAAAAACUUUCAGAGUCGAAAAAGAAAAAGUAGAAGAGCUUUAGAAUCAUCAUGCCUUCUAUCAGUUUGAGUAUGAGUUGCAGAAAAUUCUCCAGAAGCUGAUUAGUAUGAAGACGAGAAAAAUCAUCGAAGAUCAGGAAUUUUCAGCAACGACGGCGGCAACAUCUGCGACGAGUCCGACCUCAGAAGCUUCAUCUUCUUCAAAACAGACGAAAGCUACGGUCACGCCAGGGUCAUCAACCUCUCCAGGCACAACAGUUUCCCCGGGAACGGUGACGACUGGAACCGGCGGUACCGGCGGAACGUCACAAGCCCAGACGACGACCGUCGAGCCGAUCGCCUUCACGACGUUCCCGAUGAAAAACGCGCAGACGCCGCCUAACGCCAAGAUCGUCUUGCAACAGGCCGUUCUUCUCAACCAGCAGAUUCUGGCGUCAGUUGUGCAAAAUUCGUACUUUGAAAAAUCGAAAACAUUUAGGAGUAUCAGAAGUCUUGAAAAUAGCGUGGAAGUUUCUCAAGUUCAUGUUUCAUCUACCUCUUUCAAAAUUCUUUCUAGGAAUCGCAUCCACAAAAUUAGUGAGAAACGACAUAGGCGAAUCGUAUCGCGAUACCAUCUGAGGUAUAUCGCAGGGUCUGAAGUCUAACGAUGGUACCUCGAGUAUACCUCUGAGGACUUUGAGCGAAAUGAGAGGGGCUUGAAAGAGACUCUAAAGUACCUCCGAGAUAGCUCAGAUACAGCUAAAAGGUAUGCUGGAGGACAUAUUACGGGGUCUUCACGAACCAGAUGAGGUAUAUUUGUGGACACAUUAGGGUACCCUCCCGAUUCGCCUGUGGAUCCUUCACGUUGAGAAUUUUAUGGACCUCGCUUCGGCUCCUUUCUCUAAUUUUUAUCUGAGCUCAUUCGAUUUUUAGAAGUUUUUAUAGUUAUCCAAUAACCUUAAGGACACUUGAAAAUGAGGAAUCCGUCUCUAAUUCCCAUUUUCCAGCCUCACCAACGAGCUGAACAGCGUCACCUCCGACUUCAACAUCACCAACUCUCCGUUGCUCCAGAACUUGACCCAACUCCAAUCCCAAGUGGAUACGCAGAACAGGACCCUUCAGAGUUACCUUAAGACGCUCCAAGUAAGAUUUUGUAGGUAUAGAUAUGGUAUCUGCACGAAACUUCCGAAAAAUGAUGAUGUCAGACUUGGAAAAGUAAUUUUAUCUUCAGAAACUCAACGACGUCCAAGACCAGCAAGAGGCCAACGUGACCAACAUUUAUUCCUACUUUUCCUGCUUUGCCGCGUCCAGUUGUGUUACUGUGGGUUGAAUAUUCCGGAUUAUAAAUUUAAAAAAAUUCUCAGGCUUCACCGACUCCCAGUACCGCUCGUCCAACCAUUGGUAUUAAAUUUCUUCUCAAAUUUUUUAAAAAAAUUGUCCUUCCCAGUUCCUGGCACGUGUCCAGGCGAUCCGGCCAAGGCUGUCAGCGACUCGAAAUCAUUCCAAGUGCCUUCGAAAAGGGUGAGCUUCAAUUUACAAUUCAUCCUAUUCAAAAAGAGCUUUAAGAAAGUUUAUCAAUUUUUCGAACUUUUCUAAUAUUAUUUCAGGAAAACAACGAUUUUUCGGAAAGCUACUUUUUUCUUGGCGUCAGUAUCAUGAAACGUCUCGAAAGUUGUCUUUUAGUCGAAUUAUGACGCCCCAAAAUAACAAAAACCGUCUUUUUUCUUCACCCCCUUUAAAAAAUUAGUCGCUCUAACUCUACUAUAGUAUGUUCGCCACGACUUGAAAAUUUUCGAUCGUCUGCGUCUCUCUGUUCCCUCACCGGCUAUGUCAGAGAAAAAGGAUAACAGCACGGCAAAAUGAGAGGGUGGCCGAGAGACGACGAGAACGCAGAGAAAGAGCCGCGAAAAACGGAGUAGAAGAAUAAGAAAGUGCAGUUUCUUCGACUGAUUUGGAGGGGGGGUUCCUGCCUGGAAUUGCCUAUCAGCAUCGGUUCACAGAACUUGAAUUGGACAUGCGGAAAACGGGUACAAAAAAGCGGAGGCUGCAAAAUGGCCGCUAAAAGGGUUCCGUUUUGCGGCCUUUAUUGAGCCUUUCAUUCUUGGUGGGCUCAAGCCAGUGCGAAAAGGGGAGAGGCCGCAAAAAGGGUGGAGAAAGAGUGAGGGUGCGAGAAGGCUGCGGAAAGUCUCGGCCAUUGAAGAUUUCCGAUUUUGUUCCUUUAGCGCAUUUUAAUUCGUACAUAGUCACUGGUAGAAAAAGUAGAAUUUAUUCUGAAUAUAAAAAAUUUGUGUUUCUUGAAAAGGCCCGAAACGGGUGGAUGAAGGCCCAUGAAAAGAGGGAAAAAGGCAGUAAAAAGGAAACCGUUGCCACCCGUUUAGGAACAACAAAUGCCCCCAUAACGGCAAAGGGGCCCGUAAAAAGUCCAUUUGCCUAUGUUUGCAUUUCCCUUCUGAAGCCAAUCUAAAUUCCAAAAAGACUAAAUUCCAGUAUGAUAGCUGCGCGAACAACAUCCAAGGCGAUGAUAACACGAAAAUCUUCCUAAACGUCAGCGUUACCAUCCAAGGAGAUGCGACGCUGGAAAUCGUCGGCCGGACGGGCAACACGAGCACGUGAGUUCGAUCAAGCAAAUAUAGGGAUAUUUCUUGUCUAAAUUUCAGUUUCACCAACACAUCCACAGCAUCGUCCCUUAGUUUCACAUCUCCAGUGAAAUUGAACUAUCGGACAAGCCCGUCCAGUCAGAUCGGCUUCACCGUUGAUUACCGACAAUGUGGGCUUUUUUUAUCCUUGGAAAAAACUCGAAGCUCGCAAGUUUCCAAUUGGAUAGCUUAGGGCUUAGGACAGGCUUGUACGAGGGCCGGCCCGCCGUUUGGGCACUUUCCAAGCCUGGCUCGGCCCGGUCAUAGAGAGGCAAGCAAAGAUGGGCCCUUCUUCAAGUCGAUUAUCUUUUCAAUUUACAACGUGAUUUUUUGGCUCAUUUUUUAGUUUCAGAGAGUGUAAUCGAACUAUGAUUCAACAUAAUUUCUCCGUUGUUUAUAAUGAAAUUCAUAACUAUUUCGAAGCAGAGCUUUUUCUUAAAACUGAAUGACCGGGCUGGCCCGGGCCGCCCGUUCUGUCCCACGAGCAUAGCUUAGGCUCAACGAAGCUUUGCGUCAGGCCGCGGGCUAACAAAAAAUUUCAAAUUUCGUUUAAAAAAUUUUCACCGAAAUGUUAAUUUUACUUUUGAAAUCAUAGUUUUUGUUAAACUUUAAGUGAAAAAAUGAGCCAAAACGUAUUUUUUGUCUUAAAAAAACUUGAAAAAAUUGCCCGUUUUGAGCCACGCGGGCUAUUUUCUCUUAAGGCCGGGCAGGGCAAAAAGAAUGAUUGGGGCCGGGAGGCUGACGGGCUGGCCCUCGCACAAGCCUGGGCUCAACGAGGAAGGGUCUCAGCUAACAUUGAAACUUUACUUUUGAAAUAUGAAGACGGGAAAAUUCGAUUCACAUAUUUUAUUCCAAAAGAGACUAUUCAUCCAUCCGCUACAAAAAUGUUCGAUAUAUAUGAACCUAUUGAAAAAACUGGAAAUUUCGGUAUUUGUAACUUAAGACAAGCGAGAUCAUCCUGACCAUUUUUUUGGGAAUUUGAGAGAGUUUCAACUUUUCCAUUGGGACCUCGAUUUCAGCCUCCCCAUGCGACAGUCUCGACUGCACAACUGCAGAUCCCAAGGCGAAAUGCAUCGUGAGCCCCUCAGGACAGGCCAGGUGCCAGUGCAGCAGCCCCUGCGUCACUGGAGAUCUUUGCACAGGUUUCUCAUCUACCUAUUAGGAAGUCAAAACUCGGUUUAUAGCCCUUUAAAGGCGACUUUCAACGCUGAUUUCAAAUCUAAGCUUGAAAGACACCUUUAAUGUGUGUGGAAAAGUUGUGAAAAAUUGAUUUUUUUUUUUCAAAUUUUCUGAAAACGAUUGAUGAAUCUUGGCCUUCUGAUCUAUGAUUUGUUGCCGUUAAUCUUUAAUUCGAGCAAUUUCAGGGGCUUUUGUCAAUUUUUUAGUAUCCUGUGAUACGCAGCCGUAAGAGAUCAGCAAAAACUGUGUUUUGGAAUCAAAAAGUCCUAGAGAAAAAUUAAUCUUUAUCGAUAGAUUGUAUCGAGUGUCUGUGUCUCUCUGUUCCCUCGCCGGCGAGGUCAGAGAAACGCAAAAAUAGCGCGUCAACAAGAGAGGGUCGUCGAGAGACGAGGAGGGCGCAGAGAAGUCCCGUCUUUUCAAGUCGCGAGAAACGGACUAUAGCUAAUUCACGGCCAGCUUGGGACGCUAAGGGGGCGUGUCCUUUCUGCGCUCUCCUUGAGCCAUGCACUAUCUCGUGCAUUAUCGUUUCAGGACCCUUUUUCAAUAGCUCAAGCCAGCCGUGAAUCAGCUAUAGCAGCUCCUUUUCGAUCUUGAUGAUCACAAAGAAACGAUGAUUCAUUUUUUGGACCCAUUUUUGAACACUUUAUAACUCAUCCUUUAGCCCGUUCACGGCUAUCUUGGGACAGCGAACGGGCGGUUUAAAUUUCGCGGCGAAGGUAGAUCAGGGCGACUAUCUAUGCGCUUUCCAUAAAAUCUCCAUUUUAUGACUUAUUUUUCUCUUAUUAAUUGUCGAUUCAAGAAAAUCUAAAGAACAAUGAAAUGAAUGUAAAAAUGAUAUAAAUUCAACAGAAAUAAUUCACCAAGUGAGGCUCUUAUUAAAGGCGCAUGUAUGACCGCCAUGAUCUACCAUCGCCGCGCAAGUUAAACCGCCCGUUAGCUGUCGCAAGCCAGCCGUGAGCGGGCUAUAGAUCUGAAGAUGAAUUAAUCUUCCAGAAACAACGAAUCCAUGCACAACGAGAGCCAAGAAGGCGUGUGGCCAGACAGCCGGCAACGGCUACUGCGCCACGGACUCUUGCGAUCCCACUACGUGCGCCUUCCGUUGCGUCUGCGCCGACGGCACCGAAGGCCUCAGCUGCAGCGACUCAGGACAAAGUCUCCAUUCCUGUCUUGAUAUUCAGAACAUUAUUUUGGAUUCCAGCCAUCACUCCUCCGCCGAACCCGACCGUUGAAUGCGCUACGACGACGCCGAUUCCGACGACUAAAAAAGCUUCAACAGGAACUCCCGGAGGUGCGGGCACUACCCCGGCUGGUGGAAGUACAUCGACUAAAGAUAGCACUGGAACUGGAACCUCGUCGAACUCUCAAACAACUACUGUCACAGCUACGACGGCUCAGGGCUCAUAA